AUGGCGCGGGGGAGGCGAGAGCGGAGACGGCUAACUCGCGACGCGACAACCCCAGGAUUCAUGCAAUACGAUCCCAAUGAGAGAGGUAAUGACGAAACCUGGGCGAUAUUCGUCGUAGACGGCCAGAAUUACAUUUUCAAACUGGGCCCGCUCUUCCCCUGCAGCUUGCUGAAUACAGAGAGACCUGUCGCGGCGACCGGUAUCACGAAAUUCGGCGGGCAACGGGGCAGCGUCCCGGAGGGUGUAAUCUCGUCGGAGCCGCGGUAUAUCGAAUGGAUCACGAAGGAGAACGAGUGCGCUACCAUCCAAGGGCGUUUUGACUUCAUCCAGUAUUCUUCCGGCAUCCUCUGGCUCGCCCGCGACAUUUCCAAGUUCCGAUGGCAACCUGAAGAGACGGUGGCCCUGAAAAUCAUCAACAGCAACGACGGUGACAGUGCCCUGCAUGAAAGGGAGAUUGAAAAGCACGUCUCGCAACAGAAUCCGGAGCAUCGUUGGGGGGUGAUUCUCCGGACGUGUCUGGAUGACUUCGAGAUUCCGGGUCCGCAGGGAAAGCACAUGUGCCUCAAGCGCUUCGUUGAUCGCAAGCUUCCCCUGCCCAUUGCCAAAGCCUACAUCUACUUUCUCCUCGUGGGUCUCGAUUCUCUUCACUCAGAGUGCAAGGUUGUCCACACAGAUCUGAAGCUAGAAAAUAUUCUGCUAAGCUUUGAGAACGAAAACAUCCUAACCAAUUUUGUCAAACGACAACAGCCGAGGCAGUAUAAGAUUGAUGGCGAAAGUGGUCGGACCAUCUACCGCUGCUGUAACGACUUUGGGCCCCUUGAUGCAAAAGAGAUCAAGAAUAUGGUCCCCAAAAUCUCGGACUUUGGGCUCGUAACAAGACUCGACGAACUGCCUUCUUAUGAUGGAAUGGUAGGAAAGCAACUGGGCAUUUACCCCAUUCAACCAGAUUACCGUGCUCCCGAGGUGAUCCUUGGCUGUGGUUGA